UUCAUAAAAAAAACAGUUGGAAGGCGAGAAGGCGAGAAACAGGUAACAGCGAGCGAGCGAGAGAGAGAGAGAGAGAGAGAGGAUAUUCAUAGCAGCACUCAUGUAUAUGUAGAAGAAAUCCGAAAUCGGGUUGUGAAUUCUAGGUUUUUGGAAUUGGUAGGUCGGCGAAUUCGGGAAUGGCGAGUUCAGUGGAGAAGACCCGAGGCGUUGCUCGAGACGAAGGUUUCACCGUCGAACUUCCUGCUCCUGCUGGUUGGAAGAAAAAGUUCAUGCCCAAAAAAGGAGGCACGCCUAAGAAGAAUGAUAUUUUAUUCAUUGCUCCAACAGGCGAGAAGAUCACCACCAGGAGGAAUUUGGAACAGUACCUGAAAUCACAUCCUGGUGGUCCGGCAAUAUCUGAGUUUGAUUGGGGUACUGGCGAAACUCCAAGAAGAUCAGCCAGGAUUAGUGAAAAAGUAAGGGCAGCUCCCUCUCCACCAGAAGGCGAGCGCCCAAAGAAGCGUGCCAGGAAACCUUCGGCUUCAAAGGAAGAUGAAGCAGAAAAAGAAGUUGGUCCUGAAGAAACAGAGUUAAAGAAGGAUAACGAGGAAAAAGAAACUGUUGCUGAAGAAACAGAGGUAAAGAAAGAUGACAGAGAAAAAGAAGCGGCUCCUGAAGAAACUGAGGUGGUGAAGGAAGUUGACAAGCAAGGAGAUGAAACCUGCGGAGAAAGCAGCACCUGAAGAAAUCAAGAAGGAUGUUGUGAAGGAAAGCGAGGUUAAGAACAAGGAUGACACCCACGCCGCAGAUGGCAAAACUGAAGAUGCUCCUGAAGCUAAGCUUGGGGAAGAGGUUCCGGUUGGUAAGGUAACUGAUGGUUUUGAAGUAUCUCAAAAUGAUGAAGGGAAAGCAGUGGAUGCAGGGAGUGUCAGUCUUGCGGAGCAGGAGAAACCAUUUACCAGCGUGGACGGCGAGGAGAAAGGGGACACCAUUGAGACAGAAGCGGCGGACAAGAAGAACGAGGAGCUGAAUUUGUUGGCAGUUGAGGGCGCAGUGACUGUGAAUGGCGGCGGGGCAGGUGAGGCCAAGGCUUAAGUUGGUAUCAGUAUUAACUCUUACUUAGGUUACACCAGUAUAUUAUCAUUGCUGCUUAUAAUUGGUAGAGUUCGUUCUGAUUGCCCCAUGAAAACAUAUGCAUGUAAAAUCGUUGAAUAGGCCUUUUGCUGUUGCAGCUUCUGUUUAUCGCCCGUGGUAUUGUGGUGGCGUGCAGUGCAUAGAUCAUCUUUGUAACAUUGAACUUGUAGCUCUAGUGGCUAUGUAACAUUUUAGUGUUGAAACUGGUAUUGUAAUAAGUGCUUAUUUGCAUUCAGGUAUCCAUCCCAUCCUAUGACCUUAA